AUGUUUUUUACCAGGUUUCGGUUUACCAUCUCAUACCGGCCAGGCUCCCAAAACACCAAAGCCGACGCGCUGUCCCGCCUCUAUGAUACCGAGGAGCGGUCGGUUGAGCCUUACUGUCCAGUGGGGACUCAGUACGGGCCGAGGGGGGUCCGGGACAAGCUGAUCCGCCAGGACCUGGGCUCAGGAAUCACACGAAUGAUGAUAAAAAUUGGAACAGAGGAGCUGUGUACAGGCUACUCCUUGAAGAGGAAGAUGGCCUUUAACGAGCUAUCAAUCUAUGAUGCUGUCACAACUAUAUUGUCCAUUGUGGGGAACCUGCUGGUGCUCAUCAUGGCAUUUAAGCACUCAUCUCACAUGAAGCCCCCGGAGCUGCUGAGUGUCAACCUGGCAGUGACAGACCUGGGAGCUGCUGUCGCCAUGUACCCUCUGGCUGUGGCCUCGGCCUGGAACCACCACUGGCUGGGAGGAGACACCACAUGCAUCUACUACGGCCUGGUAGGCUUCUUCUUUGGCACGGCCAGCAUAAUGACCAUGACCGUGAUGGCUGUGGUGCGUUUCGUCGUCUCCCUCAGCCUCCAGUCUCCCAAGGAGAAGAUCAGCCGGAGGAACGUGAAGCUCCUGUGUUUGUGGACUUGGCUCUAUGCCCUGCUGUGGGCCUGCUUCCCUCUCCUGGGUUGGGGCCGGUACGGUCCAGAGCCCUUCGGCCUUUCCUGCACCCUGGCCUGGGGAGAGAUGAAGGAACAAGGCUUCUCCUUCGUCAUCUCAGUCUUCUCCUUCAACUUGCUGGGGCCCUCCUUCAUCAUCCUCUGUUGCUACUUUGGCAUUGCCUUGAAGCUGUACAUUACCUACAAGUCCCUCGACAACAGCAAAAAUAUCCCAAACAUCAUCAAGAUGCACCGCCGCCUUCUCAUAAUAGCAGUCCUGAUCAGCCUGGGCUUCAUCUUAUCAUGGGCUCCAUACGGUUUGGUGAGCCUGGUGUCUGUCGUCAGGGGCAGUGAGUUCAUCCGGCCAGAGGUGACCAUGCUGCCCUGCCUGUUUGCUAAGUCCUCCACUCUUUACAACCCCCUGAUCUACUAUAUCUUCAGCAAGACCUUUAAGCAGGAGGUGAAGCAGCUGUGUGGUAGAUCCAACGCAUGCCACGCUUCCAGAGCCAGGAACAACAUCACGGACAACGCCAUCUACCUGGUGUGUGACGGCAGCCGGACGGAGAAUGAGGAGAAGGUGGUGGCCACGGUGGCUGGGAGGACCACUGAGGAUAAGUUGUCCUCUGGGAAGAGCCAGAAGAUGGAGACCAGGUUAAACUCAUUCGACAGCCAAUAGGAAGGCCUUGGGGAGGGAGGGGGGAGAGAGGACAUCAUACAGUAUAUAAUUUGAAAUGAGCUAAGACCAAUAUCUAUGAUUUUAUUGUUAUAUGCCUGAAUCAAUUGCUGUUGGCAUGAAAAUAGUUUUUACAUAAAGACAAGUUAUACUUUAAUAAGUACAACUGUUGUGUG